GAGCUUGCAUAGUUUAUACCUCCGUUCAAAUCCGCCCCAAUCGAAGACGCAAAAAUCCCUCCUUGCUCUCUCAAGCUCGUUGCCCCCCGCCCUUUUUUUUUCCCCUCUGAUCAAACCCGAUAAAGAACGCACCUUUACAUUUCCUGUGUUCCUUGUCUCGGAAACAAAAACCGCUUGAUUGGUGCCAAACCCACAUUUCAUCCGAUUCAUCACAAGCCCAGAACCUGUUUUGAAUCAGAGUCGUUAUCAUUUUGAUCGUUUAGAAAUGAAGCGAGGGUACCCAGAAUCUCCGUCGGCCUCUGUGGGGCCACCUCAGUCCAAAUUCAAGUAUAACCCUGAAGGUGAUGCACACUUUUUAGAGGAUGAAAGCACCAAGAUUAUUGCGCGGAAAGUGGCUGAGCAUUACAGUGCAAGGACGAAUCAGACUCUGGAAGAAAGAGAAAAUAGUCCAAUCAUCCAUUUAAAGAAACUCAACAAUUGGAUUAAAAGUGUACUUAUUCAGCUCUAUGCUCGCCGAGGGGAUGCAGUUCUUGAUCUUGCCUGUGGCAAGGGUGGCGAUCUGAUCAAAUGGGACAAGGCAAAAAUUGGAUAUUAUGUUGGUGUUGAUAUAGCCGAAGGCUCAAUAGAAGACUGUCGUACACGUUAUAAUGGUGAUGCUGAUCACCAUCAGCGUCGUAAAAAAUUCACAUUUCCUGCCCGACUCAUAUGUGGAGACUGUUUUGAGAUUCGCUUGGACAAAGUACUUGCAGAUGAUGCACCUUUUGAUAUUUGCAGUUGUCAGUUUGCCUUGCAUUACUCCUGGUCCACUGAGGCACGUGCACGGCGAGCCUUGGCAAACAUAUCAGCUUUACUUCGUCCAGGGGGCACCUUGAUUGGGACUAUGCCAGAUGCCAAUGUGAUUGUAAAAAAACUUAGAGAAGCUGAAGGGUUGACCUUUGGUAAUAGUGUCUACUGGAUACAUUUUGAUGAAGAAUUUUCUGAGAAGAAAUUUAAAUCUUCUCAUCCUUUUGGUAUCAAGUACAAAUUUCACCUAGAGGAUGCUGUUGAUUGCCCAGAAUGGAUUGUCCCCUUUCAUGUCUUCAAAUCAUUGGCAGAAGAGUAUGAUUUGGAGCUAGUUUUUGCGAAGAACUCGCAUGAAUUUGUGCACGAAUAUAUGAAAAGGCCAGACUAUGUGGAGCUCAUGCGUAGGCUUGGUGCUUUGGGUGAUGGUAACCAAGAUCAGAGUACACUCUCACAAGAUGAAUGGGAAGUAGCUUAUCUAUACUUGGCAUUUGUCUUGAAGAAGCGAGGCCAACCAGAUCAGAUACAAGGAAAAGCCAGGAGAGACAGGGGGCAGAUGCAUAUAUCAAAGGAGGACAUCAUGUCCCUUAGUAGCGAUUUUUAAACAAUGCAAUAACACCGGUUGUUAGGGCAUGGGGAAGCCUGUGCAAUGGAGUGGUUUUGUUUUAAAAUGCUCUGCCACCAAUUACAGACUUACAGAUAUAUCAAUUCAAUUUUGUAGAACCGAAAUAAUAAGGGUAGUAUUUUCAAUC